AUGACAUUCCGGUUUCCGGGGUCGCUCGUGAACAGAGCUUUGCGCAGCCGACUUCUUACCGCACAGCAAUACCGUGCUAACAUUGCUUCCCAACGACUACCACAGACAUGGAUUGUAUCAAGUGAUCACCGCCGAUAUACUUCUUCCUACUCCUCCUCCCACAGCCGGUCUUUCGACAGAGACAGCGAUGCUCGCCGCAUUGGACAUGUUGGCGACAAACAUUUUAAAAAUCGGCAGAGGAAUCGGCGGGAGGUUCAGGAUGUCAGAUCUAGGGAUGAUCAUGACAUUUUGAUGGCCAUUGCGUCUGGUUCGUUUACUGGGCGGUACAACAGUGAGCGUGAAACUGCUGAUAGUGAUGCCUUGGAUCCCGAGGCUGCUGAAACCGAGGACUUGGAGAAAGAUCCCUAUGAUUAUGAGGAUGGUGAAAGCGAGGUGCAGGAGAACGGUCUCCCUGGGGACCAAGCAUCAAAAGAACGUGAUUUGGAGGCUGAUGUUGAGGCGGAUUCUGCUGAUGGCGAGGCCCCCGAGAACGACAGCUAUCGUGGCCCGAUUCGAGAAAUGCCCAAACUCACACCCAAGAUUAUCAACGAGGAGUUGAAAUGGUUGAACGACCCUCGGAAAAUGGCGGAUCGGGUCGCGCGCAUUUUGCACAGUGGAAAUCCUGCCCUAGCGGCGGCCUUGGUUCGUGCUGGAACAAAGCAGGGGUUGAGAUGUGAUGUUGCCUGGAAUCAUCUUCUGCAAUAUUGUAUGGAUCAAAAUCACCCACAGGCUGCGUUUAAGUUCUAUAAUGAUAUGAAAAAGCGUGGCAGGAGACCAACUCCUAGAACAUACACGAUCAUGCUGAAGGGCUUCAGCUCAGCCCCGAGGUCAUUGGGUGUCGCCAAAACUGCCGCCUCUGUCUACCGCUCAAUAGGUUCACCGAAUUCUGGAGUCAAGCUCGAUAUCAUACAUACCAACGCUAUGCUCACAGUCUGCCAUCGUCAUUGGGAUAUGGAUCGACUGUGGAAAAUUGCUGGUGAAUUACCUGAAGAGGGGCCUGGUGCCCCGGAUGCUACCACCUACACCAUCAUUCUGAAUGCCGUCCAAUUCGCAGCGCGCAGAGACAUAGAGAAGAUGUCUCCUGAUGAGAUUGAAAAGAUUCUCGAACGCAAGGCACAGGUUAUCACCGAGGGCAAGAGGAUUUGGGCCGAUGUCAUCUGGCGGUGGAAGAACCAGACCUUGAAAAUUGACAACGAACUUGUAAACGGCAUGGCCAGCUUGCUUCUGGAAGGCGGCAGUGACAUAGACUGUUACAAUGUCAUGGAAUUGUACAAGCAAACCAUGGGGGUCCCCAUACUGCAAAAGCGACCCACCGAGAACGAGAAGACGACCCGCCGCAGGAUCACCCCCGAGCAAAGUCAAGCACUUGAAGUCUCAGAGGCUACACGGCAAUCAAAGAUGGAAGACGUUCCGUUUGUAGACGAAAAUAAUCGACCAAUCCAAAGUUUGGAACCGGUCGUGGAACUUGAGCAAGACCUGAGAGAUGAAUUGGAAGAAGUGGAAGAGGAAGAAGUGGAAGAGGAGGAAGAGGAAGACUUUGCAGAACUCUUCAAACCUGUCGUUCCUCAGGCGGAGGAGCUAUCAUUCCUCGAACCCAACAGCAAGGAACUGACUCUUAUCCUGAAUGCUUGUUUCACCAUGACCCAAGGAUCCGAGGGUGGACAGGCUUACUGGAAACAUAUGACUUUGGAAGACCACGAUUACCGCAUUGACCCCGACACCUUUACCUACAUCCAAUAUUUCCGCCUCCUCCGCAUCUCUCGCUCCAGCAAAAUCAGCGUCAAAACCAUGCGUGAGCAGAUGGUUCCCUCCGGUCAAGCAACCGGAACAGCAUUCCAUGUCGCUCUCAGUGUCUGCCGCCGGGAUCGCCGCAACCACUCAGUUCUCCAGCACGCAAACGAAUUGAUCGCUUUGAUGGACAAAGCAUUGAUUUUACCAGACAUUCGCGUCCUAGACGGCUAUCUGGAAAUGAUUCAAAUUCUUUCAACCAACCCGUCCGUCCUUCUGCACCUCAGAGGACUCGACACAGAAGACUCUAAAACCUCCAAACCCCCUAGACUGCAUGAGAUGGGCAGGAAACUACAAGCCAAGCUGCGACUAGCUGCUAUCGCCGCUUUACGGCCAUAUAUCCUCCAGCUGCACGAGGCAAUGGAGAACGGCAAGCCCGAGUUGAGGACUCGCUGGAGUGCCCUCCAGAACACACUUUCGGAUUCUGUCGCUGGUUCGGCGGCUGUCAAGAUCAUGUCGCGGGUUCGUCUGGUGGUUGACGACACUCUCAAGCUUGACUAUAAAUCUUACGUUUCAAAGGCCGAGCGCAAGGCCCUUGAAGCUGACUCGAAGAUGCUGAAGAAGUAUUCUGACAAGGAUGUUAUUGCGACCUUCAAAAGGAAGAAGGUAUACCCAACGAUUCAGCAGAAGGAGGAAGCCCGGGAACGCAUCAAAAAGUUCCAGUGGGAGGCUCGGAACUCUCGCAAUCAAGAAGGUCUAGAUCAGCAAGAGGACUUAUCCUCUUGA